UUAUAAAUCUCGUGACAUCUUCCCUCCUGUCCCCGGCUUUAACCGUUAGAUCGCGCCGGAGAGCCCGACAAAUGAUAGGCCAAAGUGGGAAGCCGGCAGCAAGCCAUGGAAAGAGGACAAGUAUGUAGGGUUUACCUGUAUUCCUCACUUCUUCCAGUUGAUUGAUCCUUCCCAAAUGUUGAAGAUUUCUUGGUUUUGUGAGUUUUGGUUUCUCCGUUUUUUCAUGCUUUACAUGAUCAUCAUCAUGUAACUUUUGGUUACAACAAUUGAUCUGAAAGGAGGGUUUCGGAGGUUAUUAUGAAAUUCCGGGAUCAUAGACAGUGAAGGCAGACGAAAGAUUUUACUGAGACAUGCUGGCGUGAUAUGUGUGAUCCUCCCUUUCACAUCUGAAAGUGUGAGAAUGGAUCAGGCUCCUUUUUUUCCUAGCAAUGGCAAUAGGGCGCCCGCUCAGAGUUCUGCUUCCAACGUUGCUCGGGAUGGAUAUGACAGCGAUGGCCCAUACUUUGUUCCACCAACCCCAAGCAGGUUGUCGAAAUCUCUACCUCCAGAGCUUGUUGGUGUUGUUCCUUUGAUUGAAAGGUUCCAGGUUGAUAAUUUCUUGCGAGCUAUGCAGAAACAAAUGAAUGCUUCUAGCAAGCGUGUGUUUUUCUCAAAAAAAUCUGUAGGUCCUGCAGUUAAUGAGAAGUUUACAUUGGAGGAUAUGUUAUGCUUCCAGAAGGAUCCUAUUCCAACUUCCUUGCUUAAGAUUAACGGUGAUCUUGUGAAUCGAUCCGUUAAAAUCUUCCAAAUGAUUUUAAAAUAUAUGGGCGUUGAAUCAUCAGACAAAUUAAUUUUAUUGAGCUUGGAUGAGAGAAUUGAACUAAUUUCAAAGCUUUAUAAACAAAUCUUAAAGCGUUCUGAACUCCGUGAUGAGGUAUUUGCCCAGAUUUCAAAGCAAACUCGCAAUAAUCCUGAUAGGACCUAUUUAAUAAAGGCAUGGGAACUCAUGUAUUUAUUUUCUUCUGCAAUGCCUCCGAGUAAGGAUAUUGGGGCAUAUUUAUCUGAGUAUGUUCAUAAUGUGGUUCAUGGUGCCAACACGGAUCCUGAAGUUCAAGUCCUUGCAUUGAACACAUUGAAUUCCUUAAAACGAUCAGUGAAGUCUGGGCCAAGAAUGACAAUACCCACGCGUGAAGAGAUUGAAGCUCUAUUGAUUGGUAAAAAGCUCACAACAAUAGUAUUCUUUCUGGAUGAAACUUUUGAAGAAAUAACAUAUGACAUGACCACCACAGUUGGUGAUGCAGUGCAGGAGCUUGCAAGCAUAAUCAAACUUUUGAACUAUUCUACUUUUAGUUUGUUUGAAUGUCGAAAGGUUGUAGAAGGCGCAAAAUCUUCUGACAUUGGUCAUGAGGAAUUCUUUGGGUUGGACGAUAACAAAUAUAUCGGGGAUUUGUUGGCUGAAUUUAAAGCAGUCAAAGACCGUAGUAAAGGGGAAAUUUUGCAUUGUAAACUUACAUUUAAGAAAAGGUUAUUUCGGGAGUCAGAUGAAGCUGUUACUGAUCUUAUGUUUAUGCAGCUGUCCUAUGUUCAAUUGCAACAUGACUAUGUUUUAGGAAAUUAUCCAGUUGGCAGGGAUGAUGCUGCUCAAUUAUCUGCUCUUCAAAUUUUAUGUGAAAUUGGAUUUCUUGAUAAUCCUGAUAAAUGUGUUGAGUGGGUUUCGCUGAUUGAAAGAUUUUUACCACGGCAAAUUGCAAUUACGAGGGCAAAGAGAGAAUGGGAACUUGAGAUUCUCUCUCGCUAUAAUUUGUUGGCGCACUUGUCGAAGGAUGAUGCAAGGCAGCAGUUUCUUAGGGUCCUUCAUGGUCUUCCUUAUGGAAACUCAGUUUUCUUCAGCGUGCGGAAGAUAGAUGAUCCAAUAGGUCUUCUACCUGGUCGUGUUAAUUUAGGCAUAAAUAAGCGUGGGGUCCAUUUUUUUCGUCCAGUUCCAAAGGAGUACUUGCACUCUUCAGAGCUUAGAGAUAUUAUGCAAUUUGGUAGCAGCAACGCAGCUGUUUUCUUUAAGAUGAGGGUUGCUGGCGUUCUUCAUAUUUUUCAAUUUGAAACAAAGCAGGGGGAGGAAAUUUGUGUAGCCCUCCAAACACAUAUAAACGAUGUUAUGCUGCGUAGGUACUCAAAAGCAAGGAAUGUUUCUGCAGGAUCCCCUCAAGAGGAUUCAGCUCAUCCUGUCAAGUCAUCGAGCCCCGAUAUUUACGAGAAACGUGUACAAGAAUUAACAAAAGCUGUUGAAGAAUCUCAUAAGAAUGCAGAUAAGUUGUUGGAAGAGUUGCGUGCUCAGCAGAAACGAGAAGUGCAGUUGCAGGAGGAACUGAAGGGGCUUAAAGAUUCCUUACAAUCUGAGAAGGAAAAUUUGCAAGAAAUUAUUAAUGACCGUGAUAAACUUAAAAUUCUGUAUGAUGAAAAGGCGACUGCUUUACAGACUGCAUUAACUGAAAAACGAACCAUUGAGACCAGAAUAGCUAAGCUGGAGUCAUCCGGAUGCCUAUCCUUAGAAAAUCGUGCGAGAAGGGAAAGCAUGCUUGGAUUUGGAAAUGCAGAUGGAGAAGUUAAUGUUCCUUUAAAAAAUGGUUUCAAUAAUUCUCAGCAGACGAUAAGCAAACUUCAAGAGGAUUUGAUGAUGCAUAACAAUGAAUUGCAAGCAUCUAAAGAUAAUAUUAAGAAACUGCUGAAGGAGAAAUUAUUGCUUGAACAGAAGAUUCAGAAACUUGAAAAGAAGAAAAAUGAUGAGAUUAGUAUGAUGAUAAAAAAAUUUGAAGAGGAGCGUCAAAAUUUGGACGUAAAAAUUAAAGAUUUGGAGCAGAAAUUGGAAAGCGCAGUAGAAGCGUUAUGUUUGGCGGAAUCUACUCUUUCAACUAGAAACAUCGAACUUGAGACAUUACAGGAAAACUUAAAGGAGCUGCAAGAAUUGCGGGAAAUGAAAGAGGAUAUUGAUAGGAAAAACGAACAAACAGCUUCAAUUUUAAAAAUGCAAGGACGGCAACUUGCUGAGCUUGAAGCACUUUACAAAGAAGAGUUAGUUUUACGGAAACGAUAUUAUAAUAUUAUUGAAGAUAUGAAAGGCAAGAUAAGGGUUUUCUGUCGUAUACGUCCUUUGAAUGAAAAGGAAAUUGCUGAGAAGGAGAAGAACAUAGUAUUCCCUGUAGAUGAGUUUACAGUUGAACAUCCAUGGAAAGAUGAGAAAUCAAGGCAACACAUAUAUGAUCGUGUUUUUGGCCAAAAUGAUUCCCAGGAGGAUGUUUUUGCGGAUACAAAGUACUUAGUACAGUCUGCUGUUGAUGGAUACAAUGUUUGCAUAUUUGCAUAUGGACAAACUGGUUCGGGUAAAACUUUCACAAUCUAUGGUUCGGAGAGCCAUCCUGGGAUCACCCCAAGAGCCACAGCUGAACUUUUCAGCAUAGUAGAUCGUGAUAGCAGCAAAUUCUCUUUUUCUCUGAAGGUUUACAUGGUGGAAUUAUAUCAGGAUACUCUUGUUGAUCUCUUGUUAUCAAAGAAUGCCAAACAUGUAAAAUUAGAAAUAAAAAAGGACUUGAAGGGUAUGGUUUCUAUAGAAAACGUAUCAAUUCUACAAGUGUCUAGCUUUGAAGAAUUGAUGGCCGUCAUUCUACGGGGGUCUGAGCAACGACAUGUGUCUGGAACCCAAAUGAAUGAUGAAAGUUCAAGAUCACAUUUGAUAUUAUCCAUCAUAAUUGAAAGUACCAAUCGACAAACUCAAACUAUUGCAAGAGGAAAGCUUAGUUUUGUUGACCUUGCUGGUUCAGAAAGGAUAAAAAAGUCUGGAUCCUCUGGAAAUCAGCUGAAAGAAGCCCAGAGUAUUAAUAAAUCUCUUUCUGCUCUAGGAGAUGUGAUAAGUGCCUUGUGCUCUGAGGGUCAACACAUCCCUUACAGGAACCAUAAGUUGACAAUGCUCAUGAGCGAUUCUCUAGGAGGUAAUGCAAAGACGCUUAUGUUUGUCAAUGUGUCUCCCGCGGAGGCAAAUUUGGAAGAAACAUAUAACUCCCUUACGUACGCAUCGAGGGUAAGGUGUGUCGUAAAUGAUCCAAGCAAGAAUGUGUCGUCGAAGGAGAUUGCUCGGUUGAAGAAGCUAGUUUCCUAUUGGAAGGAGCAAGCGGGCAAGCGAGGAGAUGAUGAAUUGGAAGAGAUACAGGAAGAAAGACAGCCGAGGGAGAGAAAAGAUAUUAUAGUAGAAGAAAGGCAUGCUAGGGAGAGGAAUGAUCGACGCAGUUCUACUUAAAUGGCUCGUGGUAACACUUCAUUUUGAUAUGAAUUUACGAACAAAAAAAAUUAGAGAACAGAAAAUGGUUGCAGAUCUUCUCUGCAGUUUUCAUGAAGACAAUAGAGAUGGCGGUCGAUUUAUUUUAGUCAUAUACCGUGUUGUGAUUUGAAUUGAACAUUUUAAAAAUAGAAUGUUGUUGAAGAAUAGUUUAUAAAUAAAUAAAAGAAAAAAUUACAAUUCCAGAUGAAGUGGAUUGAAUGGUUGGGAUAAGUUAGCUCUAUCUAUUGGUUGUCUUUUGUAACGGUAAAGAAUUGGCACAUCUUAUGCUGGAAAACUGGAAAGUUGUCUGUGAUUUACUCGGCUUA